AUGAAAACGAAGGAGCUUUGGACAUACACAAUUGAUAAGCCAACUGAGCCAAAUUCAAAUCUAACAAAUCAAGUAUUUGCUUGUGCUUUUUUAAAAGGUAAAGUAAUGCGAGAUUUGAUUAGAUGGAGAUGUUGUUGUUGCCGCUGUGGGAAAUGCUUUGCUAUUAUUUGAUACUUAAAAAUCCGAAAUGCUAAGACCACCUUUAAGAGGGCAACACAAAGACACAAUUACUUGUUUGGCUGCUUCUAAAGACGGAAAUAAAAUGGUAACAGGGAGUGCGGAUAAAACAGUUAUUGUGUGGGGAUUCAAUAUAGCUAAGGGCGAGAAGAUGUUGGAUGCAGAAAAAUUCUUUUCACAUAGUGAGACUAUAUAAUGCGUUGCCAUCAGUCCUUUGAUGUACUAGAUAUUUACAGGCUCAAAUUAAGAGUACUCUUUAUGGGUUCCUGGAAUGAGUAAUAUUGAAAGGUAAAAGUACAAGGAUAAAGUCAUAUGUGCAGCUUGGAGUGCUGAUGGACAGUAUGUUUCUUUUGGGACAAUAACUGGUAAAAUUGAGUUGUAUUCACAUUAGGACUGAUUGUGAUUACUGAUAGAUAAGCACAUUAGUUGAAGGAGAUUUAGACUUAGAAGGGGGGACCAGUAUGGUGUAUGGAAUGGACUCCCAUAACUUCAGAGUAUUAGUAGUCUCAAUUGACAAUCGGAGUGUGGAUGAAUUCAUUAUAUUAAUUUGAUUGCAAUGGUUAAUAGAUUGGUGCUAGAAUAGAAUUGCCAUUCGAUCCAUUGCAUAUCAAUUAUCAAUAUAAUGGUGAGUACAUGGCAAUAGCUGGAAAUAAUAAUAAGAUUAAUCUAUAUACGAGAGAGGGAGGAUUCCUGAUGGAAGCCUGUUCCCUUAAUGAUUGGAUAUGGUGUACAAAAAUAAAGCCAAAAUCCACAGUAAUUGUUUGUGGUACUAAUGAUGGUGACAUCGUGGUAUAAGAAUUACUCUCAGAAAAUGUUACGGCAUUAUACGAUGAUAAGUUUGUUUAGAGAGAACAGUUAACAGAUGCUAUAAUAUUGUCAAUGAUUUCUAAUUAGAAGGCAAGAAUCAAAUGUAAGGAAUUAGUCAAAAGAGUGGCUAUUUUCAAGGAGAAAGUGGCCAUCUUAUGUGGCAUCAAGGUUUUGAUUUACACUUGUGUUAUUAAAGGAGAGGAUUAUAUGAAAUACAAGCAAUUCAAGAAAUUUUAGAAGAGAGUGGAUUGUGAGCAUUUCUAAUUGGCAUCAUCAAAUGUUUUGAUUGGAGCAGGCUAGAAAUUGAUUGCAUUCAAUUUUAAUGGAGAUAUGGAUAAAACUUGGAGUUUUGAAUCUCCUAUUACUGUUGUAUCUUGUCAAGGUGGAGCACCUAAGAGAGAACUAGUAUUGGUUGGGUUAGAUAAUGGAGGUGUUUACAAAAUCUUUUUGGAUAACUCAUUCCCUAUUCAAAUUCAUAAGGUUAAUACACCAAUUAAACAUUUGACAAUGUCUCAAACCAAAAGAAAAUUGGCAUUGAUAGAUGGCAACCAGAACUUAUAAGUAUUGGAUACAAUAAGCAAAGAAAUUUUGUUUGGGGAAAUGAGUGUUGAAGGCGUUGCUUUUAAUCAAGAAUUUGAGGAUUUGAUAGCUUACUCAGGUAAGGGAUUGCUAUUUUUCAAAUGCAUUACAUUCCCAGCUUUAAAUUAAAAGAUAACUGGCAAUGUGAUAGGAUUCAAGGGAUGCAAAUUGUUCCUUUAACAUAAUAGUAAAGUCUAGACGAUUGACAUUCAAUAAACAGCCAAUAUGCAGAGAUAUCUGGAAAAGAAGGACUUCUAGAAUGCUUUGAAGAUAGCUUGUCUUGGUGUAACAGAGUAGGAUAUAAGGGCUUUGGGAAUUGAGGCUUUGAUAGCAGGGGAGUUUGAAAUAGCAAGAAGGGUAUAACAGAAUAUUAUUAAUUUUAGUGUUUCUUGAGAAAUAAGGACUAUUAAUUCAUAGAUUUGCUAUUGAAAUAUGAGAAGAAAAAUAUGGAUGCUCAAACAUUGAAUGAGUUGAACGCAGAGGCUUUGGCAUAUCAGGGGAGAUUCAUGGAUGCUGGUAAUUUGUUGAUAAAGGUUGGGUAGGCUGAUAGAGCAGUGUAGUUAUUUAAAGAAUUAAGGAGAUGGGAUGAUGCCAUAAGUAAUUAAUUAUUUGAAUGUAGACUUUGCUAAAAAGGGAGAUGUUGCCUAUAGGGCUGUGACAUCUGGUGGACGAACUGGCACUGGAGUUAGAGCACCAACUUCAUAGGGAAGAACAGGAACUGGUAGAGGUUAGGCAGUUAUGCCAUAACCACAAGAUAUAGCCCCUCCUAAGAUAGAAAUGAAUAUGUUGUUGAGAGAAUAAGCUGAAUGGACCAAAGAAUCUGGAGAUUGGAAGGCAGCAGCUGAUCUGUUCGUUACUUGUGGAGAAUUUAAGAAGGCUAUUGAGUUGUAUGGUUAGAAUAAAUAUUUGGAUGGAUUGAUCAAUGUUUGCAGGAUGUUGGAUAGAUAAGAAAAUUCAGACAACAUAGUUUUGUGUGCUAAUUAUUUCAAGAAACUCAAACAUCAUGGAGGUGCUAAGGAAGCCUAUCUCAAAUUAAAUGAUUUGAAGAACCUUAUGAUGUUGCAUGUUGAAUUUCAAAAAUGGCAAGAAGCCUUUUAGAUUGGAAGAUCCAACAAAGAACUUCUUGAGAUUGCCAAAGUACCCUAUGCUGAUUACUUAUUACUUAACGAUCGAUAUGAAGAUGCCCUAAAAGCGUAUAAGAGUGCAGGAAGAUUCGAUAUAACAAUGAAGAUGACAAAAGACAUGGCCAAAAAUUGUAUAGAGGAACAACGAUAUCACGAUGCUAGUUAAUACUUAUGGAACUUAGCCAUAGAUUGUUUAUCUCAAAUUCAAGACUAUUAGAAUCCAUCAGGAGAUGAUGUAAAAGCUAUCUCUUAAUAUCGUGAUUAUAGUGAUUUAGCAGAUGUUUAUUAUGCAUAUCAAAAGAUACACAGCUUCAUCUGUGAACCAUUUCAGCCUUUAUCAGGGGAAAACUAUUUCUUAUAGAUUAUGAAUUCUGCAAGAUUUAUCAUCUCCAAAUGGAAGAGUAUAUAUCAGGGUAUAAAAAUGAGUUACGUCUAUUAUGCAUUAGCCAAGUGUGCUGUUCAACUGACUUGUUUCAAGACUGCUCGUACAUGCUAUGAAAAAUUAAAUGUACUCAAUUGUCAAUAUUCAUUUUUAGCAAUUCAAAAUUCCUGCAGAAUGGAGUGAAGAAAUAGAUCUUCAAUCUUUAUUAGUUAGAUCAAAACCAUAUACUGAUGAUGAAUCUAAAUUACCACUCUGUAUGAGAUGCUAGACUUACAAUGCCAUCAUCAAUGCAACUGAGAAAUUGUCAGUUUGCAAUGCUUGUUUGCAUCCUCUUUUUUGUUCAUUUAUUAGUUUUUCUUCUCUACCACUUGUUGAGUUCAAAGUUGAUAAUUCCCUCUCCAGAGAGGAUGUGGAAAAAUUGUUAAAUAGUGAAAAAGUAUUCCACAAUAAGAGACCAGGCUAACUAUUUCAAGAUAAAAUUAAUGAAAUUAUUUAAUAAUAGCACACCUCUCAAGAUUAAUAUUUAGUAGUUGAAUUGGAUGAAGCUGCAAUUCAAUCACUUUCACCAGAAGAGGUCUUGAUUGUCGAUUAUAGAUAAUAUUGCAGAUCCAUUGAAGUCAAAUAUUAUAAGAAUAUGAUCGGAGAGUAACCUAUUCAUGUCUGUUCAGAUUGUGGAAGAUUCUUCUAUGUUGAUGAACACGAAUUUGAAUAUGUCUAAAAAAGAUGUUGUCCAUUUUGUAGAAUUUCAGAUAAAAAAAUACCAUAAAAGGAUGUUUUUGAUAUUUGA